CAUUCCCUCACAAACAACAGGCGAGAGAGCUGCGUCAGUCGAGCUUUCAGACUCCGGCUGAAGACAGAGCCCGCUCAGCAUGGGGAGGGUCGGCAAGGAAAUCGCAGGCCAGGUGCUGAGCUUCAUAGGCCUGGUGGGGGUCGCAGUGACGGCCGGCAUCCCCAUGUGGAGGGUGACCUUCUACAUCGGCGCCAACAUCACGACGGGGCAGAUCGUGUGGGACGGCCUGUGGAUGACCUGCGUGAUGCAGGCCACCGGGCAGAUGCAGUGCAAGCUGGAAAUGUCCAUCCUGGCGCUGACGGCCGACCUGCAGGCGGCGCGGGCGCUCGUCAUCAUCUCGCUGGUCUUCGGCUUCAUCGGCUUCGUGCUCACCUUCGUCGGGGCCAAGUGCUCCAGCUGCCUGAAGAGCGAGUCGUCCGGGGCCAAGGUGGUGAUCCUGGCGGGCUGCCUCAUCCUCGUGUGUGCCGUCCUGGUGCUGAUCCCCGUCUGCUGGUCGGCCACCGUCACCAUCACCGACUACGACAGCCCCCUGACGCUGAACACGCAGAAGCGGGAGAUCGGCGCCGCCAUCUACGUGGGCUGGGGCACCGCCGCCAUCCUGCUGGUCGCCGGGAUCAUCUUGGCCACGUCGUGUCCUCCUCAGAAGCCCGUGUAUGGAUACCCGGGCUACCCGCCAGCGCCGCUGUACCCGUACGGGGCCAACCCAGCCACGUACGCGCCCGUGUACGCGCCUCUGUCCAACGCACACUACUCCAGCUCAUACGCACCCAGCAAACAGUACGCGGCGCCGGCCGCGUACGCUCAGGGACCGUACCAGUAAAACCUGACGCCACAGACUGAGACCUGCCGAGACCGGACCCGGACCUGGAGGAUGAAGAUGUACUAAAAUGCACAGUGUGUGGUUGUGUGAUGUACAUGUUAUGAUGUGUUCCAAUAUUUGUUGGGAUGUGAAAUAACCACAGGUCUGUGGCUGAUAGCCUUAUUUAUGCUGAGUAUGUUGAGUUUGAUCCUGUUACAGCUCGUACUUUGGGUGGAGAAUUGAGGAACACGUUACAAAGAUGUGAUGUGAAACUACACUGCUGUCACAACAUCUUCCAUCAGCAUUUUGACCAGAUUGAGAAAGAACUGGAUCAAACUUUUUAUUUUCACCAUUUUUCUGAUGUUCUGCUAAAGUUAAACUGCUAGAAAGUUAAAGUUAAACUCCUCAGUGAGAGCUCUGAUAAAGACGUGUUCCAAUAUUUGUUGGGAUGUGAAAUAAUCACAGUGAUGUUUGAUUAUGGUGAAUCCUUUGUCUUCUGAAGUUUGUAACAUUCAAGGCUUCCGUCACUUGUCACGCAGAACAAGUUUUGUAAAAAAUUAUGUGUCUUUUUUAUGUGUUUCUAAUCUGCUUGUCUGUGAAGUAAAUUUAUUGUUGUAAUCAAAUAAAACAUUUGACCAAA